UCUCUCUCAUCCCCUUCCCUUUUCUCCCUUUCGUCUCUUCCCUCUGCGUCUAUUCUCGUUCCUCCUUGCACGCUCACACUCCAGACCAAUUAUGGAACCCCGACGCCUGUCGAGUAAGCCGCAGAGCAAGAGCAGAAAGAAGGUGCGGAACGAGAUGGCGGGGGCUGCCGUGCACGACGACGGGGGCGAGGAAGACGAGGAGGUGGCUCCCGGGGGAGAAGCGGCGGAGAAGGACAAGAAGCGGAGGCCCUCCUCGUCCGUGGCGACGAAGAGGGGAUCGAGUAGCGGCAGCGGCGGAGGCGUGUCGCCGCCGUGCUGCCAGGCCGAGAAGUGCGCCGCGGACCUGGCGGAGGCGAAGCGGUACCACCGGCGGCAUAGAGUCUGCGAGGCGCACUCCAAGGCCGCCGUCGUCAUCGUCGCCGGUCUGCGGCAGAGGUUCUGUCAGCAAUGUAGCAGAUUCCAUGAGGUAUCGGAGUUCGACGACUCCAAGAGGAGCUGUCGUAGGCGUUUGGCUGGCCACAACGAGCGCCGGAGAAAGAGUUCUUCCGACAGCCAGGGAGACGGCUUGAGCCGCUUCAGGCAGCCAGACGAAGAUGGGAGGAUGCAGAUGAGUGACUCGGGCAAUUCCACGCACAAGCAUUUCCAGAUCAAAUGAGAUGUCGUGCUUCCCAUGAAAGCAUGCUCUCUCUCUUCUGUCAUGCUAUAUGGGUCAGACGUGGCCUAUCGGUCACUUUCUAUGUGGCAUGGAAAUCUAGCAACUGUGCAGCUAUCAUCUGCUUGUUGCGAUAUCAUUAUGGAUUAACUUUGUUGAAGUGUGUUUAUUUUCACUUCUCAUUUGUAUUUUAAUCCUUGAAGAGUUCAUCUUAA